AUGCAACUUUCGGUCUGUGGAGCCGGCUCUGGGGGUAGCGGCAGCGAGUUGUGGACGACCGCGACAUCAACCGCAGCUGGGACCGCUGCAACGUCGGCGACUGAUGACUUGUGCCAACGUCGAAGGGUGGUCAGUGUCCGAAGGAAUUUAUUCGGUUCGAACGACGAACUGGUCGUCGGUCAGAAGGAAAACGAAAAGGCAAUGACCAAAAAGAAAAACGGCGAUGUUGAACACCAUGAUGAAAGUGAAAAGUUCCCCUGGAUCGAGGAAGUGGUGCGCAGGAGCAGCGUUGAGGUGCUGAAGCAGUGCCGUCAGUGGUGUUUCGAUUUCGUAAAUGACCGGCCGAUGACCGAUGGCGAUUACGAGUGGAUUAAACUAUCCGUCGGUCAGGUUCCGAGCUACUAUGCUUGCUCGACGCCGAUCGAUCGCCGUCCCCGUGCUCAUGUUCGUCGUCGCUCUCAGCCCUCUUGUCCUCCUCACCCUAUCUCCGUCCCCCUCCCUCUCCCUACUCCGGUCUCGACGUCAUCAUCAUUGUCCCAAUCGCCAUGUAUGACCGAGCCGAGCACCAGUACUGCAGCCGCGCCGAACUCGUCGGCCGACAUCCUGCAAAAUCUCGCCGUCUCGUUCGAAAGAACUCCGUACGGUAAAGGCGGGAAGUGUCGUUACUCGACCACCACUUCUGCGUUUCCCAGUUUGUCCUCUGCGAGGACUAUCCGGCAGACCCAUCUCACCGAUUUCUUCACGGUCAGAAAACGUCCUCUCAAUUUGGACAAACUCAGUGCCAGUUCCGAUGACAGCGGCGAUUGUAUGUACGCGUCGUACGACGCUAGCGAUUAUAGCAGAUCAGUGAAGAUCGUCGAGGACGCAGGGGGCCAAUGGCCGUUACCUCAGAUUCAGAAAUUUGUCCAUCGUCGUAGUUUAGCAAACGCGAAGGUGGCAGCCAUCAUGUUUGUGAGCGCCGCUUCAGGCGGCGCGCCAGUUCUUGCUCGGCGUCGUCGCUCGAUGACUCGCAUCAUCGGCGCGGUGUUUACGCGCAAUUUCGCGAAACGGACGGCGCUUUCGCCACGCUGUCUGCUAGAAAAGCACGAUGCUGAUUGGCUGAUUUAA